CAUUCAUACACACCUGACCCGAAAAGCCACACUUACGAUGCCUGUGAUCCCGCUUGCACAAUGACUUAAUAUGCAAGCUGCAUAUGGCGCACUGGAUAAAACAAUCGGCCGGCCAUCUACCACGCGGCGUGCAUUUACUCGCACCUUGUUAAGUCGUAUUACCAACUAAGACGCUGGAGCACAAAGCAUUCAGUAAAAUUCCAGAUAUUCUAGUCUUCCUGGUCUCACAAGAGGGGUGUCUGCUGUCAUUUCCUCAACAUGGUCUUGCCUCGGAAGCGUGCUCGUCUUGCUUUGGGUCAAGCCUUACAUUGUUAAUAGUAUUUAUAAGAAGUCGUCCAUCUGUACUCAACCCUUGCUGAAGUCUAUGUUCAGUUGAAACUUGGACCAGCCGGGGCCUAACUGCCGUCACCUCCUAAGAGUGUCAGUACCAAAAGCAACUGUGGCGUCAGCGGCGGCCCUAACUCCAUUAAAUCGGAGCAACUCGGUAGCAGCAGCAGCAGUAGCAGCAGUAGCAAAAACAGCAGAAGGCGCACGCAACCAUGUUCUACGCGGCUCAGCUUGUGUCACGAGAUGGCCCCCUGCAGGUGCUCUGGAUCGCCGCGACGCUGGAUCGACAACUGAAUCGGCAGUUGGUUGAUGGUACGGCAAUUCCCCGAAUGGUCGAGGUCUACUUGGCUCCAGAUGCACCAGGCGGGAUCUUCUCAUCCGGACCGACCCACGGGUCAGCAGCAGCCGGUCGUCAAAAGGGCGGGCGAAAGGACGGCCAGGAUGGCGGCGGGGGUGGCACCCCUCUCGCGCUGCGUCUGAGCGGUCAGCUGCUGCUGGGGGUGUGUCGCAUCUACGCGAGGAAGGUCGGCUACCUGCUGCAGGACUGUGAGCGGGCGCUGCUGCUGCUGAAGCACGUGUGUCCUGAUGAGGCAACAGCGCUGGCGUCGCUGUACGGCAGCGGCGAAGGAGGAGGAGAGUUCACUGAGGGCGGCGAGAAUGCGUCGGUUCGGCGGGAAAACUCCAGUCGUACCGAAGGCGCCGCCGCCGCCGUCGACGCCAAUGCUGCCGACGGCGACACCAUCAGUCGCCGCGGCCGUCGCCGUCGUACGGCGCUCGGCGGCGGCGCCGCCGCCAGCGUCAUUGGCGUCGGCGUCGUCGCCAUUGGCCCCGACGGCGAACCUUCCAUGCUUCCAUACGACGAGGAAGAAAUCUUGUUGGCUGCGGGCGCUGCUGCCACUGCAUCUCAAGGAGCGGGGGUGCUACAACACACCUCUAGAGGAGCAGCAGCAGCUGCCGCAGUGUCAGCAAUGACGUCAAUGUGGGGGGCGGGUGGUGGUGAUGAUAACGACGGCGCUGGGGAUUUUGAUCCGCUGAUGGCGCCGUCGCAGCAAGCGCGAGGAGGGGGAGCGGCUUCCAUCGUCGCGGGGGGUGCAGAGGCGGCGGCGGCGGUUGAUGACGGUUACGAUGACGACCGACACGCCUGUUUUGAAGAUGAGGUUCCGGAGCAUUUCGAGUUCGAUCUGGACGAGCAUGAAAUCGAGGCCCUGCGGCAAGAACCGCAAUCAACGACAGCAGCAGCGGCGGCGGCUGAGCCGUCCAGCCCAGGCAGCUCUGAGGUUGAGGCCGCGUCUGGAGGACAAGGAGAUCAGCUAGAGGAGCAGCAGCAUGAGGAGGGGGAGAUGGGAACGGCGGAAGAGGAGGAGGAGGAUGGCUGGGAGGACGCCAGGGAGGGCCUUGAUGAGGCGGAAGAGGCGGUCACAGCGGCAGCAGCUGCUCUGGAGGAGGAGGUGGACGGAAGGCAUGGGGAGGAGGCUGAGAAGGCAUCGGAAGGGGAGGAGAUGGCAGCGGCGGCAGUGGAGGUGGUAGACAGGGAUGAGCUUGAGGAUGGCGAUGGCUGCGGCGGAGGUGGAAGUAUGGAGGAAAAGGACUGCCGUGCAUCCGUUUUAAAAUCCCGUCAGGACAACGGCGGGGACGGAGGCGACGGUGAGGAAGCGGCAGCGGCAGCGGCGGGUGCGUCGCCGGCGGCGACGGUAGAAACAGAGCCGUACGACCAUGAUGCUCCGCCAACGCAGCCGACGGCGGAGGCGGCGGAGGCGGCAGCGGAGGGGGGACGUACGACAACGGCAACAUCUGCCUCAGAAGCGCAUCACGCCGCUGCAGCCGAUGCUGCAGCUGCUGUUGCUUCUAGUGGCGGCAGCGGCAGCGGUGCGGCCGCUGUCACAGCCGACGCAGCCGAUGUAAGUCCCAGGACGCCGCCUCCGCCGGCUGCACCUGUCGCCUCCGCCGGUCCUGCCGCCGCUACUGUCGCUAACGGAGGCGAAGAAUGUCGUACCCCGGCGACGCCGCCAACGACUCCCGCCAGCGGCAGCCGCCGCCGUCGCUCCGCUGCGGCCGCCGCCAACGGUCUUGGUACGACAGUACAGCUUGAUGUGGACCGAGAUGGACGGAGUCGUACGACACUGCCCUCAAAUGUUGUACGGGAGUUACUUCAGGACCGUUCACCCUUAAUCGACCAGCAUCGCCGUAACGCCUUCCGCCGCCGCUGCUCCAUUGCCCCCGCAACCCCCCCGCGUCACCACCACUAUAGCCCCGCCACCGCCGCCGCCGCCAACGACGGCGGCAGCAGCGGCACCGGCAAUGGCAGCCCCUGGCUUGUUACAUGGGCCGUUAUGACGCGCCCUAGCACAUCCUUCCUCACGUCAACCGCCGCCGCCGCUACUACCACUGCAAAGGCUUCCCCGCGCAGCCGUGCAGCUCGCGGGGGCGGCGGUGACAGCAGCGGCGCCGGCGCCGGCCUGUCGCCGAUGGCGGCGCCGACGCCACUGGACGUCGCCGUCGGGCCGGCGACGAUGCCGGGAGCCGUACUGGCGGCGCCGCUGCAGGAGGUUUUCCGUUUCCUGGCGACGCCGACGGCGGCGAAGGAUCGCCAACGCAUUGACGGUGCUGGCGGCGCUGGCGGCGCCGCUGCAGGCGGCAGCGGCAGCGGCGGCGGAUCUGCGGCUAAGCGUGCUCGUACGAACAGCAUGAUUUCCGACCGAGGCGUCGGGACAGCAGCGGCGGCGACGGCGUCCCAUGGGUCGGUGCGGUCUGCUGCUGCGGCUGCUACUGCUGGUGGAGUCGGUGAUGGCAAUGACGGCAAUGGAGUCGCUAACGACGAUACUGCCGUACAUGACCUAGAUCCUGCAGCGUUUGCUGCAGAUGCUAUUGCAGCUGGUGCUGUUGAGGACGGUCAGGGGCAUGAUGAUGUGACGCGGUCGCAGUUAGCGCCCGAGGAUACGCAACAGCCCGGCGAGCAGGAGCAGUACCAGCUGGAACAACACGGGAAGGAAAACGAUGGUGACGAGGAGCACGAGAGGUGGCAGCAGCAGCAGGAGCAGGAGCAGGAGGAGGUGUUGGUCACGGAGUCUGAGACCACUCGGGCGGCGACCGGCUUGGAGAACAAUGGAGAAGAGGAGGAAGACGCGCUAGAGGGCAUGGAGGAGGGGGGUGGGGUGGCGGGUGGUGACAGUGGUCGCCAUGGCGCCUCGGACGGCUUCACCUCGCGCACGCGAGCGCUGCUGAGGAGGCUGCAGGUCAUGCUGGCUACGAGCAGCGGCUCCGGUCAGGGCGGUUCAAGCACUGCGGCUGCGGCUGCUGGUGCGAAGCCAGCUGCUAAGCGACGAAGGCUAGUAGGGUCAGCAGCAGCAGAGGAGGAGGGGACAGCUGAGGACGCGCAAGAGGAGGAGGUCGUCACAACGGUAACGGAGCUGCUGCUACAAAUCGCCCGGCACCACCACAUGCCUAAGCAGCAGCAGCCACACCAAUCUAACCAGCCCAUAUUCGGGAGCUCGCAGCAGCAGGAACAGCAGCAGCAGCAGCAGCAGCAAGCGCUGCUGCGCUCCCGCGUCAGCCGCAUCACAGCAGCCCGCACCUUUUAUGAUCUCCUGGUCCUCAGCAACCGCGGAUACGUGUCCCUGGAAGCAACCAAGAACCAUGGGGCGGUGGCGACCCAUGGGUCACCUACACCACCAUCAUCAUCAUUAAACGCGGUCGCAGCGGCUGGUGAGCUGGUGGUGAAGGCACGCGAGCGGUUGGUGAUGGUUUCCGAAGUCAGCGUGAUGAGUGGAGAAGCCCGGUGACGAUGCCACGCCAGAGAUAGGUAUUGGGGUGGAUAAAACUCGCUGUGAAGCCCGGUUGUUAUUGCCUUGCUGCGAAGGAGUGCGAAGGGCGGUGCGGUGAACAAACUCUAGCUGUGGGAGAACAUCCUGUGUGAAGAAAUAAUCAUGUACAGGUAUGCUCCCUGACUUUCUACUAGCGUGGACAUUCACAUUGUGCUGCGGAGUUGGUGACAUUCUGACAAACCUCCUUGGCAGUUGCAGUGAUUCGGUUGAAAGUUGUACGACAUGUACAAGGGUACACCCACCGUUGCAUCAAGUUAUUGUCGUUAUCAUUGUUGUAGAAGUGCGGUUGUCGACAAUUGUAGUCAAACGCCAAGUUGAGUAACCCGUUGCGUGAAGUUAUACUACCCGGCGUCUAGGACGGCUGGGGGAUGGACGCUACGAAAGUGAGCAUGACGUACACACUAUAAUUAAUACCGGUAAACAUAUCGAUGAGGCGCGCGACAUGAGGCAUGUGCCACGUUGGACGGUCCGCGGGUUGGAGGUGUGGCCCUAUCGCCUCUCCUGAUGAAAAGGCCCCUAAAUAACAGAGGAGCCUCGGGUUGCUUGCCUGAUAAGGUUGGGACUCCAUCUGGCCUCCAGCGAGUGUUGACAGUUGAGGUACGUCAGAUGCCGCAUAAUGGCGUAAGGCACAGUGUAAUGGCGUAAGGCACAGUAAGGCACAGUGCGUGAGCCUUGCUGGGUAGGUCUUCAGACUGUUGUAUCGGUUCUCAGGCCCAGGCUGCCUUUGUAAACAUACAAAGGUGACAGCCGUAACAAGGA